CAGCAUCAUGAAGUAUCAGGCCGUCCUUAUCUUUUCUCUCGUCUUAUGCAGCAGCCAAGGGGAAGGACGAAUGUUGUGCGGAGGAAGACUGUCCGAAAUCGUAGCGUAUUUAUGCGCAAACCCGUUGACGAGUAGAGAAGAUUUCGCCAGUUUUCAAAUGAAACGAUCCGAGAACUUCUACAACUCAAUACCCAACGCUGUCGACUGGCCAUGGAUCCCACAAAAUGAAGCUAAGGGCAUUAGAAACAAACGUAGAAUCAUCGAAGAGUGUUGUAAAAAGUCCUGUACCGUUGACGAACUCAUGGAAUAUUGUUAAAAUAUGUCAUAAUAAUUACAUAAGAUUGUAGCAGUUUUUAAACCUAUGUAAUCGAUGUUAUUAACGAGUUUUU